AUGCGUUUUUCACUGAUUUUAAUGUCAUUUGUCUCGGUUCAACGAGCACUCUUUUUGUCACAAUCAAUCGCAAAAUUAACUAUUGCUGAUCGUGUUGGUAAACGACACUGGUCAUAUAUUUUCAUUAUCAUUGCAUUUAUACUAGCUUAUUUAUUUGAAUUUUUUGGUUUAAAUAUAUUUUGUUCUAAAUCAAAUAAUCGCAAUGUUUCUUAUCAGUGGUUCCUCUACCUUGUUCAACAUUUACCUUCAAAUUCAACAGAAUUAUUAAUCUCUUUAAUAAGUAAUAAGACGACUGAUUUGCAAUGUGUUGAACAGUAUGUACAUUAUAUUAAAGUAAAUUUUACAAAAACACUGGAUUAUCAUUGUUCUGAAGAAAAAUUAAUGAAAAUAUUAAGUCAUUAUUUUGAUUCACAUGAACAAUUAAUUGUUCGUUUGAUUCAACAAAUACAAGUCCAUUCAGAUGGUUUCAAAUUGAGCCGAAAUGAAAUUCGUGUCAAAUAUCAUUAUCAUGGAUUGUUUGGAAGCAUCCUUCCUUCGAUAAUCACUAUCGUCGGUAACACGAUAUGUGUUCAACGUGUUUUACAAUUGAAACGAUUAACAAAAAAUUACUUAUCAAGUCGUAGUACGGAUGAUACAAGGCGCAUACUCGUCAUUAUAACUACCGAAUGUGCUUUAGCGGUUAUUAAUUCAUGGUUUAUCGAUAUUCUACUUAGUGUUGUUUAUUGUAAACGAAGUCUAAUCAUUGGUGAUGAUUGUCCCAUGUUUUUAAGAAACAAUUAUGAUCUUCUCACAUUAUUAGACUUUUUCAAUUCAAUGUCCAAUAUUUUACUUCAUUGCAUAUGUGGUAAACGUUUUCGACGUGAAUUAAUCGAAAUGAUUGUUUCAUUUUAUACAACACUGAAAACAUGUUCUUGUAUUUGUUGUCGUCAUUCAUACAGUUGGAAUUGUGAAAUUCGUGCACCUGUACAUUGGCAAAGUAUGACUUUACAACAACAUGUGCGAGGAAGAAGCGGACAAAGAAUGCUUGAACAUGUUAAGAAUAACAAAUCAAGUCUCAAUAAUACUAGUAUGAUCGUAAAACGUCUUCCACAUUAUGAAUACAAAUCGAUACACAAUAAAAUGUCAAAGUUAGACUCUUGCUGUCAUUCAUCUGUCAUUAAGAGUACACCUGUUCUAAAUAAUCAUUUGUGUUCAAAACAACAUACAAUAAGUUCACGAAACCAACGUUCGCCUGUUCGUCAGAGUACACGAGACGUUUUAAGGAUGAAGAGUCUGUAUAGUUAG